UCUCCCCUUCUUCUUCUUCUUCUUCUACAUUAAUUUACUGCAUUCGGAAGGAUGAAUAAGAAUUUUAUCAGAAAAUCCUUAUCACUCCUUAGCAUCCGAGCCUACACUGCUCAGGCGGCGAAAAGAACACGCACCGCACAGAUAAAGUCGUCGCCGAUAAAAUUAACCGCGGAGGCAAUUCUCAACGCCGCCGGCGAUGAGAAAGAGCAAACAAAUUUCUGGAUGAGAGACCCCAAGACAGGAAAUUGGAUGCCACAGAACAAAAUCAACACAGAGGAAGCUGAUCCAGCCUUCCUCAGGGCCAAGUUCCUCCCUUCUUCCAACAAAUAGAAAUACAUAUAGAUUCAGCAAUUCAAUUUACUUCUAUUGUUCAAUCUCCUCCGAGUUUUAAUAUAUACUACUUUUUAGCAUCAUGUCAUAUAUUUCCGACAGUGUACUCAAAUCAGCUGGUUGGACAUCUGCUUGUCAGUUGUAAGUCCCCUCUGAUCUAGAGUUCAAUUACUCCCG